AUGAAUCUAGAGCCUGGUGAAGCUUUCGGCAACGCUGGCUACUAUGCCAUCCGUCCAUCUCCUGGCAAAGGCAAUGGAGCGUUUGCGCUCAAGAACAUCAAAGCCGGAACCAGGAUCUUAGUCGACCAAGCCCUCUUCGUCACAGAGCGACCGAUGCCAUAUGUGAACGAAGGUGACGUCCAGCGUAUCUUUGCGAACCUGAGCCCUCCCGCCAAAGCACAGUUCCUCGCACUGCCUCUCAACGCUUUGAAUCGGAAUGCACCGGAUGCCAGCUUGUCCGCCAAAUUCUACUCCAACAUGUUCCACAUUCGAGGCCAGCCGCGCGAAGGCUGCUUUGGGCACGCCUCUCGAUUCAACCACUCGUGCGCUCCGAAUUGCGCCAUCACCACGAAUGGUCAGUGGCAGCAGCAGCAGUGCCUUACUAUCCGAGAUGUUUCAGUCGGGGAAGAUUUGACGUUUUCGUACACAGAAGAUUUUCUGUUGAUGACAACGCAGGAGCGCAUGGAAGAUCUCGCAAUGGGUGGCUUCAGCUGCGGAUGCACACUGUGCACUCAGCCAGCCGAAGAUCGAGUUGUGAGUGAUCUGCGACGAAUGCUGAUGCGCCACAUGGCCUUUCUCUGGCGAGGCCACGAUUCGAGAAGCGCAAUACCGCAGGUCGGCGCGGAAUAUGUCCAUCGCCACAGGGAAUACAUCGAGCAGCAGCGGCCAAUCGGCGACACCUUGCCCAUGAUCCUCUUCGCUAAGCUAGCAGAGGCAGAGGGUAUCAUCAAUAGGCUGCCGCAACUCGCCUAUGGUCAUGCCAUUGCGGUCGUGCUGGAUCAUGCUCAAGCCAACGGGUUCCGGCGAGUACCAUGGUCGGCGCUGCUGAACAUCCGAGAAUGGUCGCGGAAGGCUCGAAUGAUCCAGAGACUGCACACGGGUACAGAGACGUACAAUCACGAUCCGACCGAGCAAAGGUUCCGUUGGCUGUGUGAUCGUGCAGACAGGAUUAGUCUGAGUGGCACUUUGGAGGCACAUCUGAUUCGACACCACUGA